AUUUUCCUACACCAAACUUUGAUACUACACAUUUGCACUUACAACUGUUCUAUUCAUGAAACACAACAACCUUAGCGAAAAAAAAAUAACACAACAACAAUAACAACAAGAGCACCGCACCACAUAUGCACAUCUUUCGUCUUGUUUAAGAUAUUUGUUCCACUAAGUUCCCAUCUUUGUUUGUUUGCUCCUCACUUCACAUCUACUGUCCUCUUCAUUCUUGGCCACAUAACCCCAAUUUUUUCUUUCUCCUUUAUUCCUUUUUCCAUGUGGAAAAUUCUGAGUCUCUGUUUGGAACAAUUUUGAUAAACUUAACAAAAUGAAUGACGAGAAAUAAUCGGCGAGACGUGCGUUCUCUGCUUAUUGACCUGUUUUGACGUUUCAAUUACCCGAAAAAAUAACUUCCUCCUUUGUCUUGCAUUCAAUUUAUUGAAAGACAGAGAGAGAGAGAGAGAGAGAAUGGAUUGUUAUUGUUGGUGUUAUUCUUGAAUGUAUCUUUGUUUAUUUUUCAUUGUGUUUCUCCUAAUAUCUUCUUCUUUUUUGAUAGACAAGUCAUUUUCAAUUAAUGGGUUGUUUCCAAUUUUCAAUCUUUUACUUUGGGGUACGUUGAAAUGUUCAAACUUGUCUCAUUUUUGUCAACAAAGAAUAAUAAACAUAGCAUUCUUGAUUGAACAAGGGUCUGAAGAAAUGGCAUCUUCUCAGGUAGAAAUUGCUUCUUCUUCUUCUCCCUUUGGUCAUGUCCUUAGAGAUCGUAAUAGACGUGAUCGAUGUACCCCUAGAGAUACCAAUACUUUCCAAAAAAAUCUCAAAGAUUUGGUCCAUACACAUAUACAUUCUUCUUGCAUUUCUUCAAGUCAACCCACCCCUGUUAAUUCUUCUGAUACAAAUGAAAAUUCACAUCGUAGACACGGUCAUAAUAAUAGUCAUGUUGACUAUGCUGAUUUAUGGGUUCACAAACCACAAUGGGACAACAAUGAGAAUAGUCCAACAGCCACUAAUAACAAAUGGGAUAAAGCUAGAGAAAUGGUUCUUUCUUCUAAGCCAAAUAAUAAACAGAGAGAUAUUUCUUCUUCUUGUUCGCCUGAAACUGUUGAAGUUCCUAAUUCAGGUGGUGUUUCUACGCUUGUUCGUCGAUGGAGGGAUUUUGAAACGGUGUCGAAAAGCGUGAAUUUGGGUAACAAUUCAAAUUCAAAUCCAAGCAGUGCUAAAAGUAAUUGUGAAAAUGCUUCAUUUGCUGAUACGUGUGAUGAAAGUUCGGUUGAUGGAAGAUUUGAAACUCCGGUUAUGAGCGUGAAUGGCGAAUCGUCUGGUGAUUGGGAACUGGCGUAUAAAACGGCUAUGAAUGAUCAGGUUAGAAAUUUGGAUAAUAAUAAAGAAAGUGAGAAGAUCAGAGUUGCUGAUAUUAUUAGGAGAUUGGCAAAUGGUGAAGAGAAUAAUCAUGAGAAUGAGCAUAAUGGUAAUAAUGUUACUAUUCUUGCUAGUGGCGAAUCGUUGCCUCGAAUUAAAACAUCAUUUGAUCAUUCAGAACAACAACUGCAGCAAAGGAAUUUUUUCCCGGUAUUGCAUUCGCCUAGGAUCAUUAGAGGUCGACAGGCAUUGAGCGAUUUGCUCUUGCAAAUGGAGCGUGAUAGAUACCGGGAACUUGAAAGUUUUAGGGAGCGUAAAGCUGUUUCUAAGUUCCAACAAAGAGGUCGUAUUCAGGCUUUGCUUAAAGUAAGAUUCCUGCGUCGUGUCACAGACGCCAGAGGUGAUCGAUCAACUAAUGGAACAUCGUCCGAAUCAAAUAGAGGGUCUAAUUCUGCAAUCAUGCAUAUAAGGGAAAGGUUCAAUACAGGAAGCCAAAAUGGUGUAGCUGACUCAAGAAGCCUUUCAAGAGAAGCAGCAGAUAACACCCAAGAAAGCCGGAAUUCCACACCUAAUCAGCAAAAAGUACAGAACUGUGAUAGGGAGAACAAAGGCUGGUUAAGUUUCCAUAAACUGGCUGAUAAUCAUGCUGUAAAAAUUGGAAAUGAAUUACCAUCCCAUAAGCAGAGAGAAGGGAAUCAGCAACGGGAGAUUAUCAAGGGGAGCACAAACAGUCCUAAAUCGGAACUUCCUUCCACAUCUACACGAGAGAAUAGUCCUCUAGAGCCUAGUGAACCAGUGACUCUCCGCAUAAAGGUGAUAGAUAACAAUUCGCAAGUUGGAAAAGUUUUUGCAUCCAAUCAAUUGCGAGAAGAGAAUCACCACGGGGAAGUAAAUGAGAAAAUAAGUCCCCGAAGGAUGAAAACAAAUGUAAAAGUUUCUAGCUCAUCAAAUCCCCAGAAAGAAAUGCCAUUUCAUAUCCGACCAACUGACAACUCUAGUAGUCCGAACCAUAAUGAGGUAGACCGUAGUCAUCAAGCAGUUAGCCCAAGUUCAGAUAUUUCCCAUGACCAAGCUAGCUGGGAAAAUACAAGCUGUCAAGAUAACCAUGACAAGCCGCUCGAAUUUGUAGAGACCCCAAAAUAUCCCAAGGAUAGUGAACAAAGUUUCCAUAGAGAAGAACAAGAUGCAAAUAACCUGCAGCAUGCAGGAACUAGUAAUGAGUGGUCUAGUGGGAGCACCAAACCUCAAAGUGACUGGGAAGAGGAAGCUACCAACCAGAAUCUAGUGGACAGUGAUUGUGGCUGGGUAAGUGAUUAUUCUCACACACCAAGUGGAUGGGAUGAACUACAGUCUAACUACCAGCAGCAAUCAGAAUCCAACCAAGACUGGGUAACCGAUAUUUCUCGUCCACGUGAAGAGUGGGAAGGUCUUAGGCAAGCAAGAUACCAAGAGAUGCUUGAUCCUUUCGUAGAGAAGCAUGAUAUUCGCCAACUUCUUAACAGAAAAAGUGUUUCAAUAUUUCUUAACAGUGGUUUGAGAGAGAAAAUAGAUCGACUAAUGGCAUCUCGCUCACAACAACUACCUAAUGCAAUGAGCGGCCAGCUUGAGGAAGAAGUACGGGCACGUUUGACUAAAGAAGCGAGCAAGAAGGAGGAAGUGAUAUCACAUAACGAAACACGAGGGGCCGAGGGUGAAAAUGAUGAGGAAGAAGCAGACUCGGGUUAUGAGGAUGACUUUGAAGAUGACAAUACUCCAAUUAGACAACAAUACCUCGAACCUAUGGAAUUAGUUGAUCAGAACAAAGCUUCACAUAUUUUACAGUCGUGGAGCAAUAAUCAAGACCGGGGUGUCAGUGAUGACUCCUAUCACCUUCCAUCUAAUUCUUUACCACAAUCUCAAUCAUCCAAUAUUUACUCCCAUCACAAUCAACAAUGCUCCUCCACUUGUCACCCUUCAAUUGAAAUGGAACUGAUAUAUGAAUUGCGAGGACAUAUGGAGCAACUCCACCAAGAGAUUUUUGAAAUACGAAGAUCAAUAAACAGCUGCAUGAACAUGCAAAUGAAAUUACAAAGUUCCAUUAAGCAGGAAGUUGCAGCUGCAAUAACUCAGUCAGGUCCAAUGAUCGGGAGUAAUUCAGAUAAGAAGGGAAAAAACAGAGCAAAUUGUUGUAUUUGCUAUGAGCAGCAAGUUGAUUCUCUCCUUUACAGGUGUGGGCAUAUGUGCACCUGUUUCAGGUGUGCCCAUGAAUUGCUUUGGGGUACCGGAAAAUGCCCGAUUUGUGAAACCCCCAUAAUAGAUGUUGUUCGCGCAUAUAUACACUCAUGACGUACAGGUUUAACCGGACUUUGUUCUGCUAAUGCCUGACUUUUUGUCCAAUGAGAGAUGAGCCAAAGGAUGAUUUUUUGUUUCCUUUACCUUUUUUUUUUUUUUGUUUAAUUGAAUCUUGUAAGCCAUGGAACUUUUUUAUGGCUAAUUUAUUUGUCUAUAACAGGUUUAGAGUUAGUGGAUGAAUGCUCACUCUCCGCUGGUUUACACUAACAAUCUUUUGUAUACAAUAGGAGAAAAGAAAGCAAAGUUCUUUCUAUGACAUUUAGAAUUGUGUCUUUUCAAAUUCUUUGUAACAACAAUUCAAAUGAAAAUUGGAGAGUUCCUUACAUGUAAUGAAGCUACAAGCAUCUUAG